CACACCCAUCCCCAAAAUUUAUGUACAGAUUUACGUAGUUUAUGCUUUUCGAGGGGAGGGGAGGGGAGACACCCUGUACGGUCAUGGCGAGGGCUGCAAGCCUCGUAACGAAAUUCGCAUUACGAUCUUACACCCUUUGGUUCCCUCCUUGGACCCCCCUCGCCCAGACCCACCUCUCUGAUAUACUCUCUAAGUGCAUUUCUGAAACUAUACCAAGCCGAAGGACCUUACGAACAUUUUCGAGACGCGAGGUCGUCCGCGAUCGGAAUUUCGCUAAUUCGGACCCGACGCACCGCGGUGCAUCUCUGGUUGAGUAGCUGCAGGCGCAACGCGAGCCCGAAAGCAGUGAAGUUGGCAACGAUUAAUAACAGAGUAACGUAUUGUUUUGAAGAUUGACAAGCGAGCGCAGCCCGAAAGACGGACGUUCGACAUUUUUGUUUCAAGAAACGUCAAAAAAAGGGGUCGACGUGUGUCUUUUAUACGCGUGUCUAAGCGACGGACCUUUAUCCUUUAUUUAAAACCCGAGGAUGAUUUUAUAAAUGGGAAAGCGAUAUUCGCCAACCGAUACUUGACAGGCGGAUUCAUAAGAAUGAUCGAUACCCCGUCCAAUCCUGACGUUAUCUCAAGUCGCACCUGGACCGCCACUUUUAUCAGUCUCAUCGCGUUGCUUUCUCAUGGGAGUUACGUGCAGGCUGCAACAAAUCGUCACGUCCGGGACAACGUCGUCUACGGCAGCAGCGAUCUCGUUACUUCCGGUACCCUGAAAGACGUUGGAAAAUCAAAAGAAACUGACAGAGUCACUGCCCACCUUCAUAGUGCUGGCGCGAAUGAUGUCUCGGUCCAGGAUAACCAUGAUGACAAUAGUCCUGCACUUAAUUCCUUCCUCGAAAAUGUCCUGAAAGCACAAAACGAACUUAAAUGGAUCGAUCAGGCUGUACGUCGUGUCGACGUUGGGGAGAAACGUUUUGACAGGUUUCAGUCCGGAUCGGAUAGAUUCGGACGGAUGUCUGAUUUGAACUCUAAGGAUAUAUAUCAGACAAGGAUCCGCGUUAAAAGAGAUUUGGAUCAAGCGAAGGGUCCUGAUGCGUCUUGGGUGCCGGAGAAAAAAAAAUACGAGAAUGAUUACCGUGGAUUUCCAGAGAGAACGUAUCUCGAUGACGAAUUGAAGUUCAAGAGAGACGUUGAUCCUGAUGAUUUUCAAGAAGACACCGUGAACCUACUCUGGCGGUGGCUCUAA